UCCAUUUCUCGCUGCCGAAGAAUUAGCAGGAUGCUCUCCAAUGAAUCCUUACAAUCCCCCGCAUUCAGCCGCUCCAACUCUCAAGCCUCCAUAGACAGCGCCUCCAUGGAGGAUUUCUGGCGGGAAAUAGAAAGUAUCAAAGAGAACAGCCUGGGAGUUCAGGAAGAGCAGACGUCAGCUGAGGCCAAGCCCCUGGAUGAAGGAGAACUUGAAGCAGAGUGGUUGCAAGAUGUAGGUUUAUCAACCCUGAUCUCGGGUGAUGAAGAGGAGGGUGGCAAAGCCUUGCUCUCCACUUUGACUCGAACCCAAGCAGCUGCAGUGAAGAAGAGAUACAAUACUUACACUCAAACCAUGAGAAAAAAGAACAAGCAAUCCGUCAGGGAUGUCAGAGACAUCUUUGGAGUCAGCGAAUCUCCUCCAGGCGAUACCUGUGACAACCAUCCUAGUCAGUUGGACGGCACCCAGGAAGAAAAAGAGCUGCCAGGAGUUAUCAAAACAAGUGGUUCCUUGCCAGAUGAUGCGUCUUUCAACAUUACUACCCUGUCAGAUGGGUCCCAAGAUGAAGAAGGGAGUUUUGCAGUUCCCAGGAGUGGCUCCAUGUCUAUCCUGGAGACUAUUCCAGAUGUGCCAGCUCAUUCCAAUGGCUCAGCAGACCCUGGACAGUCGGUGCAGAACGCAGUGAGUGAUGAUGAAUAUCUGGAAAAGGACAUUCCACUACAAGCUGAAGAGCUGUCCUUUGAGGUAUCUUAUUCAGAAAUGGUUACAGAGGCUCCAAAAAGAAAUAAAUUUAAGAAGUCAGAUUUUAAGAAAGAAGACUAUAUUUUACCUAAAUUUAUUGUUCAGAAAACCAGAUUUGGCCUAACUGAAGCAGGAGAUCUGUCUGCUGAAGACAUGAAGAAAAUCCGCCAUCUCUCUCUGAUUGAAUUGACGGCCUUUUUUGAUGCCUUUCGUAUUCAACUAAAAAGAAACAAAACGGAGAAAGUAAAAGGACGAGACAGUGGGAUUUUUGGAGUUCCUCUUACAGUCCUGCUGGAAAAUGACCGAAGGAAAGAUGCUGGAGUGAAAGUUCCCCUUGUGUUACAAAAAUUCUUUCAGAAAGUUGAAGAAUCGGGUCUGGAAUCUGAAGGGAUUUUUCGGCUUUCAGGAUGUACUGCCAAAGUCAAGCAAUACCGUGAAGAACUGGAUGCCAAGUUUAAUGCUGAUAAGUUUAAAUGGGAGAAAAUGUGCCACAGAGAAGCUGCAGUAAUGUUGAAAGCAUUUUUCAGAGAACUACCCACCUCUCUCUUCCCUGUGGAAUAUAUACCUGCUUUCAUCACUCUAAUGGAAAGAGGGCCUCACAUCAAAGUACAGUUUCAAGCCUUACACCUCAUGAUCAUGGCACUGCCUGAGGCCAACAGGGACACAGCCCAGGCCCUCAUGACAUUCUUCAAUAAAGUCAUUGCCAACGAAUCAAAAAACCGAAUGAGUAUAUGGAACAUUUCUACUAUAAUGGCACCAAAUCUUUUCUUCAGUAGAAGCAAACAUUCUGACUGUGAAGAAUUACUCUUAGCAAACACCGCUGCCCACAUCAUCCGCUUGAUGCUAAAGUACCAGGAGAUGUUGUGGAAGGUUCCAUCUUUCUUAAUCGCUCAAGUCAGAAGAAUGAAUGAAGCCACCAUGUUGUUAAAGAAACAGCUUCCAAGUGUCAAAAAGCUGCUAAGGAGGAAGACCAUAGAACGAGGGGUUAUAAGCCCCAAGACUUCAAAGGUACUACAAAAAUCACCCUCUACAAGAAGAAUGUCUGACGUGCCGGAGGGAGUCAUAAGGAUCCACGCGCCCCUUCUCUCCAAGGUGUCCAUGGCCAUUCAACUCAACAGUCAAACCAAAGCCAAAGACAUAUUGGCGAAAUUUCAAUAUGAGAACAGUCAUGGUUCAUCGGAAGGCGUUAAGAUCCAGAACCAAAGAUUAUAUGAAAUUGGAGGUAAUAUAGGACAGCACUGCUUGGAUCCAGAGGCUUAUAUAUUGGAUGUAUAUCAUGUAAAUCCCCAGGCAGAAUGGGUGAUUAAACCCCAACCAAGUGUUUGAAAUACCCCCCAAGAUGGCAGCUAUCGUGCAUUACAUGCCAAGAAGUCCUACAUUUGGUAGGGAAAAAGCAAGACUGCUUUUGA